AAGGAAACAGCGGCACAGACAAGCUAAGUCAUGGGAGUGGAGAUAUUCUCCUUAAAAACUCUGUUAGGGGAGAGUGAAAAUAAAAACCAAAUUGCUAGAAAUAUCAUUGACUUUCUUCGUUCUACAGGCCUGUAUUCAAUGAUGUAGGCCAUUAGGGGCUGACUAAUAAGUAGUGACCGUUCCAUCCAGAGUGAGGCAGCAAUGCGCUGAAUACGCCUAGCCUGCCUUAAAAUUCCACAAGAAGAAGAAGAAGAAGCAGAAGCAGAAGAAGAAGAAGAAGAAGAAGAAGAAGAAGAAGAAGAAGAAGCAAAACUGAGUCAUAUUUUCCUAACGAUUCACAUUCUGGGACAAACUGCUUCAUUUCACAUUUCUUUUGUUACACUACCUGCGCAACCUGUUUCUAAAAUGCCUCGCAUUGAGAAUGACAUCAAGCUGGACUUUAAGGAUGUGCUCCUCCGUCCAAAGCGGAGCACACUCAAGUCUAGGAACGAGGUGGACCUAAUCAGGAGCUUCACUUUCAGGAACUCCAAGGGCAGCUACAGAGGGAUCCCCAUCGUCGCUGCAAACAUGGACACUGUGGGGACCUUUGAGAUGGCCCUGGCUUUGCACCAGUUCACUCUCUUCACCACGAUUCACAAACAUUACUCUGUGGAUGACUGGGUGGAGUUUGCAAAGAAACAUCCCAAAUGUGUGGAGAGUGUAGCAGUCAGCACAGGGACCGGAGAUGGAGACUUUGACAGGAUUUCAGCCAUCUUGGAGGCGGUGCCACAGCUCCAGUAUAUCUGUGUAGACGUGGCUAACGGUUACUCUGAACACUUUGUUCACUUUGUCAAAGACGUCAGGCAGAAGUUCCCCUCUCACACUAUAAUAGCAGGAAACGUGGUGACAGGAGAGAUGGUAGAAGAGCUGAUCCUGGCUGGCGCUGACAUCAUCAAAGUAGGCAUCGGACCAGGCUCUGUGUGUACCACCCGCAAGAAGACAGGGGUGGGGUACCCCCAGCUCAGCGCUGUGAUUGAGUGUGCAGAUGCAGCCCAUGGCUUGGGUGGCCACAUCAUCUCUGAUGGGGGAUGUACUUGCCCAGGAGAUGUCUCAAAGGCUUUUGGUGCUGGAGCAGACUUUGUGAUGCUGGGCGGUAUGCUUGCUGGCCACUCAGAAAGCGGGGGCGAGAUUAUUGAGAAAAAUGGCAAGAAAUACAAACUGUUCUAUGGAAUGAGCUCCGACACGGCGAUGAAGAAAUAUGCAGGAGGCUUGGCUGAGUACAGAGCGUCGGAGGGGAAGACAGUCGAAGUUCUUUACAAAGGUCCAGUGGAUGUGACAAUACGAGACAUCCUGGGUGGGGUCCGCUCCACCUGCACUUAUGUUGGGGCAGGCAAACUGAAGGAGCUGAGCCGCAGGACCACCUUCAUCAGGGUCACCCAACAGCUCAACACUGUCUUCGGCGACGACAGCUGAAUGUCCAGCUCGAUCCUGCUUCAGAUUGAAGGAUAAGUCUGCAACACUGCCUGUCUGACUCCCAGAUGUCCUGGUGAUGUUUGUGCAUCGACAAUGUGUAGACACAAGUGAACGGACACGUAUAUUAAUACGUAAAUACUGCCCUUUUACUAUCCUUUUUAGUUUUGUUUUUGACAUAAGUUACGGUUCUUUAAUUUGAAAUUUCAAUGCAAUUUUAGUAUAUUAAGCUUUGACCUCAUUGACAUUAACAGAAAUAUUUUUCAGCACACAGACUCUGAGUCACUUUAGACUCUGAACGUUACUUUUUCCAUACAAGCCACAAAGGUUUUCAGGGGUCAGUAUGUCUCUAGACAGUAAGAGUUAAGCUAGAGAAGUAAUUCUCCAGCUCGUUACUUAUCUGCUGUCUCAUCAUUCCAAUACAAGGUCCUUAGUUGUUCUUUUUAUGCAAAUCUGUGGCUGUCUAUAAACAGCAUCUAUAACAUGUCUCUAUGCUCUGUGCCGAAAUCAUACUGUAAGCCUUCGUCACCCACAUGUAAAAUUAUUGCAAAUGUCUUAAAGUAUUUAGAAAGCCUAAAUAUGUAUGCAGCUGCUGUGACUAAUUAGGAAAUGGAAAUGUUUUUAGAAAUGUCAUUCCAACACUCAUUAAGUUUUGCACUUUAAUGAUUUGUAUUUUGAGAUUCCAUUAUUUAGUUUCUGUUAUUGUCUGAUAGAUAUGUUUUAAAACUACAGUGUCAUACAUUGUUUCCAGCACUAUUACUACUGCUACUUUUUAAACUAGUAGAUGAAUUAAAUUUGGGAGAAUUUAUAUAUGGACCAGUAUACGCUGCAUGCUAGCGUACAGUCAGCACAUACAGUACAUAGCAAUGUACGGGAUUGUAAGUGCUGAAUUCAUAGCAGAGGUGUUAUUCAAUAUAAACAUAUAUGCAGCUUUUCUGUUCUCUGGUUCUAGCUGCUCCUGAUCAAUACCAAAGUUUGUGUGGGUUUAUGUUAGUGAUGUGCACAUUCAAAUUAAUUUGAUUCAUUAUAGCCUUUAAAUUAACUGGUCAUUCCUUGGAAUUAGCCUUGGAAGUUUUACAGCAUCAGUAUUGGGUAUGGUUUCACUUCGCACAGUGUCUCUAGUUACUCUAUUUCAAGCUGUUCUUACAUUAUCUGUGUUUAAUUUUUUUGUCACAUUGGUAUGAAAAUGGCAAAAUGUCAAAUUUAAAAUGCAGUUUUUAAAUUCACUUUUUUUCACUUCACGUUUUAACCAGUCAAUAAAAACAUUCCACAUCUUAA